AUGAGUUAUCAUCACAAACAAGGGAACGUAGAUGAAAGUAUUGCAGCACACAAAGUAAGCACCGCCAACAACAACAACCACCUCUACAGCAAUAGUAGCAGCUGCAAUAACAACAACAAUAAUAAUAAUAAUAGUAAUGAUACCGCCGCGAGCGGUAGCGGCCACAACCAGUUUAUAAGAUCACCAACAACUAGUAGAUACAUAGCAGACUCUUUACCACCGACAUCUCCUCAACUACAAGGUGGUGGCGGUGGUGGCAGAGCAUCCUAUGGUAAUAGUGAUCACUACUAUUAUCCACCACCACCACAGCAAUGUCCGUCCCCAUCAUUAGGAUCUUCUUCCUUGUCUCAUAGUCAACAAUUACAGCUACAACAACAACAACAACAAUCCUAUGGCAUUUAUUCAUCUCCUCAGCUGAUUUCAUUUAAUCAAGCGCAUGGUAAUCAUAGUUUUAAAAAGAGAUCAAGAGAUUUUAUAGAUGGUGAAUUCACCUUUGAUUCAACAUCUAAUAAUAAUAAUAAUAAUAAUAACAAUAGCAAUAAUAAUAAUAUCUAUUGUAGUAGUAGUAAUAAUAAUCAAGUUCAUCUAAGUGUUACUAUACCUUCUUUAUCAACGACAACAUCUCAUGUAAAUAAUUCACCUAAUCCAUACAACAGUACUAAUAAUAAUAAUAAUAAUAAUAAUAAUAAUAAUAAUAAUAAUAAUAAUAACAGUCAUUACAGACAUACACCACCUUUAAAUAUUGUAAACAAUAACAACAACAUUGAUCAAAUUGAUCAUAAUGUUAAAUUAUUUAAACAUGAUGUAAGGACCAAUUCACCAAGAACUUCUCCAUCAUCAUCAUCUUCAACAUCUAUUCCCAAAUCACCUAUUUAUUUCAACAAGAAUAUAAUGAUUCCAAACUCUCCGACAUUAUCAUCACCCCCACCUACUCCUACUUCCCUAACGCCAUCAUUUGCUUCUCUAUUUACUUCUUCACAUAAUAAUCAAUGUUUAUAUUCACCUCCAUCCCAUCCACCUCCCAUAUCUUCAUUAUUAAAUGGCAAUAAUAAUAAUAUUAUUAAUAAUAAUAAUAAUAUUAAUAGUAAUAAUAAUAAUAAUAACUAUACAACAAACAAUAAUGUUCAUCAUCAUCAUCAUCAUCAUCAGAAUAGUAGUGGAAAUAACAAGUUCCAAUUUGAAUUAACAUUUCAACAAUUAAAAAUAUUUGAUGAAGAUGAACCAGAGUUGAUAGAAUUUUAUGAUGAUGAUGAUGAUCAAGACGACGGCCAACAAGAAUACAGUCAUAGAGGAGAAAGGACAUAUGACCAAUAUGACCAAGAAAAUAUUUCAAUGCCUCCUAUACAGUCGUCUUCUUUUAACCACACAACUACAAGACAAUCCUACCAACUUUCACCUACCGAGUCAAUACUCAACAUCCGAUCGAAUAAUCCAAUGGCAUAUUUAUUUAACAAACGCAGUGAUCUAGAAGAGGAUGAUGACUAUGACGAUGAUGAUGAUGAUUACGAGGAUGAAUUAUCAAGGAAUUAUUAUGGUGGAGCCAGUCGUUAUCAAAACCAAAGAGGAGGAGUUCAAGACUAUGAUACGAGUGAAGAAGAGGAUGAUGGUAAUGAAAUUAGAUUUACACAACAUUUCAAACCACCUCCACGACAAAUCACCUCGUCAUUGGAUAGUAGUAAUCGUAAUUUGCAAUCAACUAAAUGCAAACAAUUCAAUAACAGUAGUAGUAGGAAUCAAGAUGAUAUGGAAAGUGAAGAUGAAGAUGAAUUAAUCAUGGUUAAUAGAUCAUCAACCUCUUUUUUUGCUCCUUCUUCAAUCAACUUUUCAUCAUCUGCAUUCUCUUGGAAGCCAACUCAACCACCACAACAACAACAACAACAACAACAAGAAAUGGAAGAAUAA